UCUGAAGUAAAGGCACAAUGUUCGCGCGUUUGACAAUUUGACAUUUCGUUUGGCGGGAACUGCAUUUUUUUUUUCAAUCGCGCAAAGGCUUCAUACCGUACAGCCUAAGUGGACAUUUUUAGUUAAAUAAACAGUGAUGAUUGAAGUUCGCAGUUGAAGGUUAAUACAGUUAUUGCUUGUGCAAUAACUUGGAUUCUAGUUUACUAAGAAAAUUAAGGGCGCCACCAUAGAAGAGUACGGCGUGUACACCAUGCUGCCGGCCCAGCAGCUGGCGCCCAUCAGUCCGUGGCCGCCCGACGCCAUGCUGGACCGCAUGGAUGACCUCGCCCACAAAGGUCACAGCGGUGUUAACCAGCUCGGCGGGGUGUUUGUAGGAGGCCGACCCUUGCCUGACUCCACGCGGCAGAAGAUAGUGGAGCUGGCGCACUCGGGGGCGCGGCCGUGCGACAUCAGCAGGAUCCUGCAGGUCUCCAACGGCUGCGUGUCCAAGAUACUAGGCAGGUACUACGAGACGGGGUCUAUCCGACCCCGCGCCAUCGGCGGCUCGAAGCCCCGCGUGGCGACAGCAGAGGUGGUCAGCAAGAUAGCCCAGUACAAGCGGGAGUGCCCCUCCAUCUUCGCGUGGGAGAUCCGAGACCGCCUACUUAGCGAAGGAGUUUGCACAUCGGAUAAUAUUCCUAGCGUAUCCUCAAUCAACCGGGUGCUCCGCAACUUAGCAGCCCAAAAGGAGAAGUCAAGUAACCAGCAGUCACCCUCGGACUGUUCGACACCAGUGUACGAGAGACUACGGUUGCUGGGGACACCGGGGUCCGCCCCCGCCUGGCCCCGGACCCCGUGGCCCACGCAGAUAGACACGAGGACCCCACCUUACCAGCUGCAUAGCUUGAGUCCUGGACCCCAGGCUAUUGCGUGCAAUGGAACCGAGCUGCCCAUAUUGAAAAAGGGUGAGGAGCAGUUGGAAGGUCUGGAGGCGCUGCACUCGGAUGAGACGGGGUCGGGCGACAACUCCAACGCGGGGUCGAGUGGGGCCGAUGAGGACGCAGCGCGAAUGCGGCUCAAGAGGAAGCUGCAACGGAACCGGACCAGCUUCACCAAUGAGCAGAUCGACAGCCUAGAGAGAGAGUUCGAAAGGACCCACUAUCCCGACGUAUUCGCGAGGGAGCGACUCGCCGCUAAAAUAGGCCUGCCUGAAGCUAGAAUACAGGUGUGGUUCUCGAAUCGGCGCGCGAAGUGGCGCCGCGAGGAGAAGAUCCGCAGCCAGCGCCGCAGCCCCGACUGCUACGCGAGCACGCAGCCGGCGCACGGGCACGCGCACGGGCACGCGCACGCGCACGGGCACGCGCACGCAGCGCACGGGCACGCGCCGCCGUCGCUGCCCGCCUUACCCGCGCCGCCGCACGCGCAGCACGCGCCCUACCAGCCGCCGCUCAAUGUGGAUACUUACAGUCCGCUCACGCCGAUGGGCUACAGCGCAGGCGGCAUGGUGGGCGAUGCGGCAGUGUGCGAAGGAGCAGACGCGGAGCUGUGCAAGGGCGGCUUCCUGGGCUACCCGCGCUACGAGCUGCCCUACCGCCAACCGCACCCCUACGCUAACCACGGCUACACGCACGAGCCGGCCUCGCCACCACCGGAGUUGGGCGGUUUGCUGGGCGCAGGCGUGUCGGUGCCGCUCGCCGUGCCCGGCCAAGACUCGCAGCAGUACUGGUCGCGUCUGCAGUGACCCUGGUGGCACUAGGCCACUACACUAAACUUUCGACACAACUACCCGCCAAAACAUGGAAAUAACUGGCUGACAGCAUUGAAUUUGCCGGAUACGCUGCCGCGUAUCUUGAUUCGUCUCGAAAAGUUAUUUCGCUUUUAUUGAUUAACGGCCAGUUUCUUCAUCGCAAGUAACAGUCAAAGUAACGUCAUAAAUCAAAAGUGACGGUCUUAUUCACUGAAAAAUAAAGUCUUCUUUACUACUUACUACUUUUACUGUUACUUUAGCUUUAUAUGAAGAAACUGGCUGUAAAAGAUGACUUAUGGUACAGAAGCGAAGUUUCUCGCAUGUAUAGAAUAAGACCUAAUAAAUGAAAUGAAAAAUCAAUUGUGAAAAAUCUGAGUGAGUGAAAUACCUGGUAAAUAUUUAUUACUAAUUUUCGCAUUUUUUGGUUUUUACAAACUAACGGAACAACUCAAGGACAAUUUAGGUACGCACAAAGUACACUUCGAUUAAUUAUCGUAAAGACUGUGUUAUGAGUGGGCACGAUAUUAAUAAUGGCCAGGGCUCGAACCCACGGCCUCUCGGUGUUAUGUCUGGCCCUUUAAUCGAUGCGUUAUUGAGGCUUAAGAUUUGAUAAUAAUUAAUACGUUUGAUAGAACCUACUCUCACAUUUUA